UGAUCAGCUAGAUUUUGUGUAUUUUAUGUAUAGCUUUUGAUGUACAGACUUGGUGAUUUUUAUGUUGUUUUUUUUUCCAGUGAAUGGCUGAGAAAGUAUUUGAACUGUGGCUUCCUCUUAAGACUUUUUCCAUCAUGAUUUUGUUAUUUGUUAUAUUGUGGAGGUUUUUUUGUUUGUUUUUUUGUUUUUAGCAAAAGUCUAUUAUGUUAACGAUGUACAGUAUGGUGCAAAAGUCUUAGGCACCCUAAUUUUUUUUUUCUUUUUUUUUUUUUUUUUUUUACACAAGUUUGGUCUUAAAUACCUAUUUUACACCUUCUGGGUUAGUGUGUCAGCAGAACAAAAGCAAAUGUUUGAUUUGCAAAUGGUAAUUUUCCACAAAAAUAGAGAAGGAAACUAAGUAAAGUAAAAUUAAGCAAUAGACCACUUUUCACAUAAAAAGCAUAAUGGAGGCUGUUCUGGUUUUACCUGCAGAAACAAACGCAACACAGAGACAAAGUCUCCAGAUGAAUUGUGGCAGUUCUCCAUGAUGCAUGACGGUGUACCUGAGAGAACUGAUGCAGUUUUUAAGGCUUAGGCGAGGCUGAUGUUCCAGCACGUUUUACUCUACACUAUCAAGCAGGAUUGUUGUGAGUGUGGAGCAAGUGUUAUCACGGCGAUUCGACUCUGUUUGUGAUCAGAAGAGGCGUGGAUGUGCUCCUUCUGAUGGCGAAUAACAUCCCAUUGGGACUGCUGGAGGCUUGUGUUGUUGUAGGAGCCUCCAGUGAUCGUCUGAAGGAGUUAUGCUUGCUGCAAGAUGGUAAAGAGAAAGAGCCGCUGCUGUUGGAGGCUGAGGUGUUGCAGGUCCAUGCCCCACCUUUUGUGACCAAAGAAAACACAAGCGAUGGUCAAGGUCACGCCCCAGCCUUCAGUCGGGUCCAGAGGAGACGCUCGUUCUUAAAAAAGAAAAAAGAAAGACCUGCUGUGUCUUCCAGCAAUGAGACCAAGACCACAACAGAUGAUCAGACCGUGCCUAAAGACAUCGACCUCAUUGCCCUGCCCCAGCUCUGUUUCCCAGGUGGGUUGAGAGUCAUCAGUGAGAGUCAAGAGGACUCUUAUCACUUCCUGGUUUUCACAGAUGUCUUUGGGAACCAGACACAUGGAGUGGUGGUUCAAUAUUACAAACCCAUACAGGUAUCGGUGGACAAUAUAGCAUAUAAAAAUGGGCACUAUUUAUCCAAACCACCAAAGCUGUUCACAGCCUAUGGUAUCUGCCUCAUUUCCAAAUACCCUUACUACAAUGCUCUCAGAGAUUGUCUGUCCUCGUUCCUGGUCCAGCUGAAGAAUUGCCGGAUGGCUGAGUUCGAAGAGCAGGUGAAGGAAUUCUCAGCCAAAUUGGCACUGGUCCCCAUCCCACCACCUGGACAGCUGCAAGUGGCAUUUAACCUAAAACCCCUGCAGAUCAUUCUUCCACCUAGAGAAGACAUGGACCGUCCUGUUGUGGACCUGGACCUCCAUCUACCCUUUCUGUGCUUUCGACCCAAGCAGAUCUUACAGGUGAUCUGCAGUAUCUUGACAGAGCAGCGGCUUGUGUUCUUCUCCUCGGACUGGGCCAGGCUCACGCUGAUGGCUGAGUGCUUUAUGCUGUUCAUACACCCUCUGCGCUGGCAACACCCAUUCGUUCCUGUCCUCUCUCGUCAGAUGCUGGACUUCCUCAUGGCUCCCACUGCCUUCCUCAUGGGCUGCCAUGUCCAGCACCUUGAGGAUGUGGCUGCGGAGGCAGACGACUUGAUCCUGAUUGACAUUGAUGAAGGAACAGUGACAUCAUCAUCAAGUGCUGCAGACUUGCCAGAUGUGCCAGGGGCUGCCACAGAGUGUUUCAAGAGGCGUGUAGAGGGGCUGCAGAUUCACUAUGACCUGGAGUUGUGCAGCCAUGGCAGCAGCAUGGAUGUAACUGACGUGCGGACUCGCAGGCGCCAGUGGCAGCGCAAACUCAACUCAGAAAUCCUAAAUAUCAGCCUCGAGCUCAUUGUCAACAUCUUCAGAGAGGUUCAUGACCACCUAAACUUUGAGCAUCGAGUAUUCAACAGUGAGGAGUUUUUCAGGGCCCAGGAACCAGCAGACCAGCCAUUUUACAAGAAGGUCUUAGACACACACAUAUUCCAUUCUUUCCUAAAAGAUUGUUUAAAUAAGAAGAUGGGUGCUUUCGCACAGAUGAAGCUAAAUACUCAGUCAGAAGCUUACAGGCUGAGGACCAUGCCGGAGUCUCCUCGGAGACCCAAACAGCCGGAUUACCAGUUGCGUAAGAGGCUGGGUAUGAGUCUGCCUAACCUGGUAGAGGACUUCUCUCUGACAGUACCGGUGCGUCAGCUGUCCUUCCAGAAACCUAACAAGGGAGCCACAUUCAAGCCAGCUUUCAAGAUUCCCCCAAAGCCAGUCAAAACAUUCAAACUCCCAGAAUUCCCUCCUCCUCUGGCCUACCACUAUGUUCAUAACUAUUAUUCAGACCUCAUCAGUCAACUCAGCAAGGCAAUUAACUCUGCGACCCCCGAGGACUCGUCCCUGCUGGCGCGCUACUACUACCUACGCGGACUGAUAAAUUCUGUGGCAGGAAAACGGCUAGAUGCUCUUAUGGACUUCCAGAGUCUCCACAGGACAGAUAUGGACAUUUUCCCUCUGGAGCUGGUGACUACGCUGGCAGACUCACUAAGGACAGAAGAGCGCAAAGUGGCUGAGGGGCGGCCAGAGCUGAAGCGCCUCAUCAGCCGAGUGAAGAAAAGCUGUAGCCAGGAUGACUACCCUGACGGCGGCUCAGUGAAGAAGUUUGAGCUCCCGCGCACACACAUGUUUCUGGACGACUUUGUGCGCCGUGUACAGGAGUCAGGCAUCGUCAAAGACCUGGGCACCAUCCAGCGCCUGUUUAACGCUCUCACUGUGGGUAUGGAGUCUACAGCGAAGGUCUCAGCCCAGUCUGUUUUUUACCUUGAUUCCUCACCAGAUGGUCAACAGAAGCAGGUGGACCCAGAGGUUUUCCGCUUCUUCUACACCAUCUGGAAGGAGACAGAGGCUGAAGCACAGGAUGUGGAUUUGCCUGCAGCUGUGCGUGACCACUUGGAGGCCAAUGAGCAGGUGUACAAGCUCUCCUCAUCUGUGAAGACCAGCCAUGGGGUGGGCAAGAUCGCCAUGACCCAGCGCCGACUCUUUCUGCUCACAGAGGGACGCCCAGGUUAUGUUGAGGUCACCAAGUUUAGAGACAUAGAGGAAGUGAAGAUAUCUUCAGCUCCUUUACUUCUUCUGAAGAUCCCCUCUUUGAAGAUCAAGACCAGCCUGAGGAGGGAAACGUUCGAGGCUAAUCUGAAAUCCGAGUGUGAUCUGUGGCACUUGAUGAUCAAGGAGCUCUGGGCAGGAAGGAAAAUGGCAGAUGAGCACAAGGACCCUCAGUACAUACAGCAGGCUCUGACGAAUGCCCUGCUGAUGGAUGCUGUGGUCAGAUGCCUCCAGUCUCAGAAAGCUAUUUACGCUGCUUCUAAAUUGGCCUACUUUGACACGAUGAAACGGGAAGUACCGAUGAUGGUGCCAAAAACAACAUCUGAGACCCUGAAGCAUAAAAUCAACCCUUGUCUGGACUUGAUGUCUCCUCAAGCUGUGGACAUCCUGCUCUAUACUCCAGGACAGCUGGGCGCAGCAGCCUCGGACGGCGGUGGUUACCCAAAACUCUGGUGUGCGCUGAGUGAUGGGAAGGUGGUGGUGUUUGACGCAGCCAGCUGGUCCCUGCAGCAGAACUGCAUUCAAGUGGGGACCUCCCGCCUCAAUUGCAUGCUGGGAGUGGACCAGCAGCAGUUGUGGAUUGGUUCUCAGGACUCGAUCAUUUAUAUAAUCAACCCAAACAGCAUGUCCUGCAAUAAACAGCUGACAGAGCACCGUGCUGAGAUCACCGGCCUCGCCCUGGAAGAAAGGCCUGACAAAUACAGCCAGUUGCUGGCGUACUCGUGCAGUGCAGAGGGCACAGUGAUCAUUUGGGACGUGGCCACGCUGCACGUGAAACGUGACAUCAAACUGACCUGUGACAGACUGCAGUCCAUUCAGAUCCUCAGUGGACGACUAUGGUGCUGUGCGCGGGACUGUGUGCUGGAGGUACGGCGGAAUGGCACAGUGCAUCGUAGGAUAUCUCUUCCUGAUCACCUCAGGGGCUCGCAAUGUUCCUACAGCAGCUUCUUAGUCUUUGAUGAGAGGAGUCAGAUGUGGACCGGCUGCACAGCCGCAGGCGAGGUGUGUGUAUGGCACCUUGCUGACCUGGAGAAGCCCUUCCAGAGGAUCCAGCUGCCUGACUGCACCAGUGUCAUCUGCAUGAUCAGAGUCAAGAACCAGAUCUGGGUAGGAGGCCACAGUAACAGUGGGGGGAAAGCUCGUGGAAAGAUCUACGUGCUGGACACAGAGCGCCUCCUAGUGGAGAAGGAGCUGCUGGCUCAUUCGGACGCAGUUCAGACUCUGUGCUCAGCCGAGGACCGCUACGUUCUCAGCGGUGCUGCUGGCCAGGAUGGAAAGAUCGCUAUCUGGAAAGUGGAAUAGUGUGAAAGAGUGAAUUAUGUGAUUCUUGUAUGAUUCUGGAAGAAGCACUUUGGCUUGACUGCAUUACUGCAAGAGCAGACACAAGGUCACUAACUGCUUUUGUAUACUAAGUUACUUUGAAUAUUAGUGAAUAAUUUCCAUAAUUCUCUAUUUAUUUUACAUCUCGGCCAGAGUUAACUGCCAAUAACAAACAAGUGAAGAAAUAGACUGAUGUAGAAUCUUUCAUAACAGGAUAUUUAUCUAAUGGUCUCAUGAAGGGCUAAUUAAAAUGUAUAACUAGUUUGAUAUGUUUUUGUUUUUUCCCCACUGCCUACUGUGCUGCAGUGAAGUAAUGUUAUCAGUAUUUGGUUAUUGAAGUGGUCUCCAAAUGCUUCCACAAAGGGCCGGUGUGUCUAGAGGUUUUUAUUUCAGCUAGAUAGGAGCUACACCUAAUUUAUGUUUAAAAACCAGGAUCAAAUUAUCAAAAAGUGAAUUCAGGAGUGAUUCCUGCUUAGAAUAAAAAUUUCUGGACCUUUAAGGAGAAUAUUACAGAUUAGACCUCUCUGAUUAAUCCAGUACUUAUAUUUGUACCUCAGUGUUCUUGCUUUACUGUAUAUACAAUGUCCUGAAUGGACCUUAAUCCAAAGCCAUAUAAUGUUUAUGGAUUUUAAUGGACUCAUGUAUACAGUCUCUUGUUUUUAAGUGAUUUCAUUUAUUCUACACUAGUAUAUUUUAAUGAAGGUCACUGUAUAAGAUGUUCUAGUACUGUUUUGUUCAUAAUGUAACAUUUGAAUAGCUUUCUUCUUUCAUACUAAAGCACUGCGUAUUUACUCAUGUUUGCUAAUAUUGUAAACUAUAAAGUUUCCUUUUGUAAACUGUAUUGUACUUUCUUUUUCUACCUUCCUCCAUUUAACUUUCUUAUCUUUUUCUUUUUCAUUUUUUAGCAUUAUAAAAUGUGCUUGUGUAAAUGUAUUUUUAAAAAUACGUUACAAGGGUUAUUUUUAUAGCUCAGAUGAGAGAACUAAUGGCUCAGUUUUAGAGUACAUUAAUCUAUUUAUUGUACUACAUUUUGAAACCUGAAUUCUAUGGACACCCUGUAAAGACAAGAAAAUCAGAUAGCUGCAUUUGAAGAGUAGAGAAUUUUUUUGCCUCCAGGGGGCAGUAGUGUGCUAUUUGUGUCCUAUUAUAAGGUGAACAGGUGUUCCAAAUAAAGAUGACUGUACACACCCACCCACACACUUAUACUCACCACCCACUUUAUUAGGAACACCUGUACAUGUGCUCAUUUUUGCAGUUAUCUCAUAGCCAAUAAUGUGGCAGCAGUGCAGUGCAUAAACUCAUGCAGAUACAGAUCAAGAGCUGUGGUUUAUGUUCACAUCAAACAUUAGAAUAAAGCAAAAGUGUGAUCUCUGUGA